AUGGCCGACGAUGAGCCCUCCGUGAACAUACCCUCGCUCUUGACAUUCGCGGUCGUGUCAUUCUUCUUUAUCCGAUGGUUUUUCAAUCGCAACGAUGCUCCCGCUGGUCGGCCCCGCGGACGUGGCAAUGCCGUUGACCCAGCUCAGGUGGAGCAGAUCGCCCAGAUGUUCCCUCAGCUGAACACUCGCGAAAUCAUGUGGGAUCUACAGCGCAAUGGAGGUAGUGCCGCUGCGACGACUGAAAGAAUCCUAAAUGGCCAGGGUCUCGAAACGCCACCUCCGUCUUUCCAACCUCAGAUCGCAAUUCGCUCCCCAACUACCAUGGCUACCCAGGCUACGUCAGCCGCCGCCCCCAAGGUCGAUGGACAAGACUUGAUUACUCGGUACAACCUCAGCUCGAAGAUCGCCAGCGAGAACGGCGCAGACGCAUCGGCGGCGACUACUUCUUCUGCAAGUUCGUGGUCCCAGAACAAAGAAGAGCGACAGCGUCUUCUGCAGAAGCGACGUGAUGAUAUGAUUCUCGCUGCUCGUCGAAAGAUGGAGCAGAAGAACCACGAGAACUAA